CGCCCUCAGUACUCAUACCUCUCCCGGUAACCGCGGAGGACGCACGUGGCUCGUCCCCGCUCCGCGUUUCGGACCGUCGGAAUACGUGAUUAAAAAGUUGAAGUGUCAGUGCUUUUGGCGGGAGACAAAUCCGUUCGAAACUCAAAUCCGUUCGAAAUUCAAAAAUGUUCCGUUACUGGUUGUGUUUUGUUUUCCUGCUGGCGGGGAACUGUGGAGCCAACAACUGUAGGGACGCCAACCUUUGCUGUCCUGGGCGGGACAGUGCCUGUGUAGUGCAGAAGGCUCAUCAGAACGCGAUUAUUGAGGACUUGACGGACAAGCCGUGUUACUGUGACCAUGCUUGCUUGAAAUUGGGGGACUGCUGUUCGGAUUUUAGAGAGACUUGCGGAGUGGUCGACUGCGACGUAUCCCCGUGGGGAUCAUGGUCCGCUUGCGACACUCGCUGCGGCGCGGGCAGUAUGGUGCGCACGCGCCGCGUCAUUCGCUCGCCGGCGCGAGGCGGCCGCCAUUGUCCAUCACUGGUGCAACGGCGCGCGUGCCAGGAGCAUCAGGGAUGUCCGCAUGAUAGCAUGCUAAUGCAAAGAGACGAAACAGCGAUGAUCCUGCCCGGAGCUUUGUCUGUGAGCCGCCACUUCAACGCGACCUCCGACAUCCGCAAGAACCUGCGUAUGCGCAACCCGGAUGACCCCGAGGCCAACGCGCACAGAGAGUAUUGUGUGGAGUUCGAAGUGACCAAGGUGUCGAAGGCCUGCCAUCUUGACUCCGACUACAAGGCGCUAAGAGAAGGCGAGAAAGUCUGCGUCCUCUGCGAAGCUGCCGCCCUUCGUCGUGACCUAAAAUGGCGGUGCGGCGGCCAUGGUGUGUCCGGUCACAACACACGGUUCUACGCGCUGGUGGCGCCGCACUGCCGGGGAAAAUGGCAGCGCCUCGGCAGCCCGGACAAACGCGAGCAUUGCUGCGCGAACCCUAACUUCAUAUUUGUCUAGAUUUGUAAUCCGUCAGCAGAUUUAUAGUGAAGUACAGUAGCCAAAUGCUUAUACCCUUUCGUCUGUGAGAAGAUUAGAAGCAAUUUACAAGGUGCAGAACAUUCAUAUAAUUUCAGCAAAUUAUUGGAAAAUUUUAAUGAGAAAAUUCUCAUGCCAGUUGCCGUAUUAAGCUGCUUAUACCACAGAUAUGGGAGGGAAAGGAGAUCAUACAUGCCGGGCGAUUUGUAUUGAAUACACACACACACACACACUUGCGGAUGGACGCUCCUAUUGGGUUUUUGCGUAAUACACGCGCAUUUCCAUGGCUGUGUAUAUGCGAACGACCAGCGUCUCGCACGCACUCAAUGUACCUAUACUUAGUAUGUGCUCUGAAGUUCAUUUCCCUUUCGCCUGUGGCAAGAUCAGGGUACGUAGCCGAAUGGCACAAACGCUCACGAAACGAAACGCUCGUAUCAUGAAAUCUCUAUCGCUCCUGUGAGUCCUGCGUAUUGGCGCGACAGAGCCAGACUACCUUUCGCGGCGUUUCGUUUUCGUUUCGCGUCGCAGAAAUGCUAUCCGGCUACGGCACCAGAAUAGAGCGUCAUUGCGCAAUUAUUACCAUAAAAUUUAAGUUCAAGGUCAUAUAAAUGGUGAUAGUAGAAGAACCACUGAUGGGAGGGUAUUUAUACAUUAUUCAAAAGUAAAAAAAAUCUGUGUUUGGCUGCUUUUACUGUCACUAUUCGAUGCUAUGAAUGAAACAUCAUCAACAUCAGACAUGUCUCUAACAUCAGAUUCGUGUUAGAUUGCCUUGUAUUCUUAAUUGACUUGAAGGUAAUCUUUUUUUGUGAAGCAUUUAGUAUCUAGAACAGUAUGGCUUUUAGUGAUCUGUAAGAGUAAUUGUUUUUCUGUGAAAUCUAUAUACCGCAUUGUAAAAAUAAUGUCCAAAAAUACCGAUAUUUUUUAUCUAUUAAAAAUAAUGCCCACUAA